CAACGCUCCGUUUACGUGCCCGAGUUUGCUCCCGACGCCCGCGUCUCGAUGUUUAAGCUCCUGCCCAGCGCGGCGCCGAGAGCACCCUUCAGCCGGGGCGGAGCUUCGCUGCGCUGAGACCUGCCCGGGACCCCGGGGCGCCCGCCUGGCCCUCCGUCAGCGCCUGCACCAGCGGCCCCUUCCCGGGCCCUCUCAGCGGACGGACUCUCCUGACGACACUAUGCAGCUCACCUGCUAAGGGAUGGAAGACGCCAGCCUGUGCCUGGGCGUGUCCUCGGGGGCGGCGGACGCGGAGCCCCGGCGGAGCGGCCCCGUCCUCAACGGCCAGUAUGCCAUGAGUCAGAAGCUGCACCAGAUCACCGCGCAGCUCAGCCAUGCCUUCCCCGAGCGGCACCCGCGGCCCGGCGCGGAGGACAAGCCGCCCGCGGCCCUGGACGACAAGGCCCACGUGCCCAUGAGCGGCCAGCCCAUGGGCAGCCCGAUGGCGCUGCUGGCCAGCCCGCUGGGCCGCGACGUGGACACCAGCCUCAACGGGCGCGUGGACCUGCAGCAGUUCCUCAACGGGCAGAACCUGGGCAUCAUGUCGCAGAUGAGCGACAUCGAGGACGACGCGCGCAAGAACCGCAAGUACCCGUGCCCGCUGUGCGGCAAGCGCUUCCGCUUCAACAGCAUCCUGUCUCUGCACAUGCGCACGCACACCGGCGAGAAGCCCUUCAAGUGCCCCUACUGCGACCACCGGGCGGCGCAGAAGGGCAACCUCAAGAUCCACCUGCGCACCCACAAGCUGGGCAACCUGGGCAAGGGGCGGGGGCGCGUGCGCGAGGAGAACCGCCUGCUGCACGAGCUGGAGGAGCGCGCCAUCCUGCGCGACAAGCAGCUGAGGAGCGGCCUGCCGCCGCCGCGGCCGGACCUCAAGCCCGCGCCGCACGCGCAGCCCGCGCCGCCCGCCGCCGCCUGCCACCUGGCGCCCCCUGCCGCGCCCGGCGCGCCAGACGCCGCCCGCCCCGCGCCCUCGCCCAAGCCGGCGGGCGGCGCGCAGGACGACGCGGUGGCCCCCGCCGCCGGCUUCCGCUGCACCUUCUGCAAGGGCAAGUUCAAGAAGCGCGAGGAGCUGGACCGCCACAUCCGCAUCCUGCACAAGCCCUACAAGUGCACGCUGUGCGACUUCGCCGCCUCGCAGGAGGAGGAGCUCAUCAGCCACGUGGAGAAGGCGCACAUCACGGCCGAGUCGGCGCAGGGCCAGGGCCCCGGCGGCGGCGGCGAGCAGGCGGCCAACGAGUUCCGCUGCGAGGUGUGCGGGCAGGUGUUCAGCCAGGCCUGGUUCCUCAAGGGCCACAUGCGCAAGCACAAGGACUCGUUCGAGCACUGCUGCCAGAUCUGCGGCCGGCGCUUCAAGGAGCCCUGGUUCCUCAAGAACCACAUGAAGGUGCACCUCAACAAGCUGUCCGUGAAGAACAAGGCCCCCGGCGACGCGGAGGGGCCGGCGCCGCUGGGCGGCAUGUCCCAGGAGACCCACGCCAACCUGUACUCCAGGUACCUGUCCUGCCUGCAGGGCGGCUUCCUGGCCCCGGACAAGGCCGGCCUGAGCGAGCCCGGCCAGCUCUACGGCAAGGGGGACCUGCCCCUGAAGGACAAGGAGGCCCUGGGCAAGCUGCUGUCCCCGCUGGCCGGCGUGGCCCACGGCGUCCCCGAGGGCGACAAGCACUCCCUCCUGGGCUGCCUGAGCCUGGUGCCGCCGCUGAAGUCCAGCUGCAUCGAGCGCUUGCAGGCGGCGGCCAAGGCGGCGGAGAUGGACCCGGUGAACAGUUACCAAGCCUGGCAGCUCAUGGCCAGGGGCGUGGCCGUGGACCACGGCUUCCUGUCGAAGGAGCGGCCGCUGCAGCGCGGCCAGGAGGACGCGCUGGCCCAUGUGGGGGUCGCGUUCGACAAGGAGAAGCGUGAGUACGUGUUCGUGGGGGCGGAUGGCUCCAAGCAGAAGAUGCCGGCGGAUCUGGUCCACGGCGCGAAGGCGGCCAGCCAGAGAGACCUGCCGGCGAAGCUGGACCCCCUGGAGGGCGGCCGGGAGUUCCUGCCGCACGGGCUGAGCCCGGCGCUGGACUACCCCCUGCAGGGCCCCGGCGGCCUGAAGGAGAAGCCCACCGAGUGCCCCGACUGCGGCCGCGUCUUCCGCACCUACCACCAGGUGGUCGUGCACUCCCGCGUGCACAAGCGGGACCGCAGGGCCGAGGAGGACGGGCCGCACGCGGGCCUGGAGGAGCGGCGCGGCUCGGGCAGCGACCAGGAGUCCCAGUCGGUGAGCCGCUCCACCACGCCGGGCUCCUCCAACGUCACCGAGGAGAGCGGGGCCGGCGGCGGGCUCUCCCAGACCGGGAGCGCGCAGGAGGACAGCCCGCACCCCUCCUCGCCCUCGUCCUCAGACGUCGGCGACGAGGCCGGGAGACCGGCGGGCGGCCAGCAGCCCACGCUGCUGCGGGACCGGAGCCUGGGCUCGGCCGUGAAGGACUGCCCGUACUGUGGGAAGACCUUCAGGACGUCCCACCACCUCAAGGUGCACCUGAGGAUACACACAGGUGAGAAGCCCUACAAGUGCCCACACUGCGACUACGCCGGCACCCAGUCCGCCUCCUUGAAGUACCACCUGGAGCGCCACCACCGGGAGCGGCCCAACGGGGCGGGGCCGCUGUCCGGGCAGCCGCCCAGCCAGGACCGCAGGGACGAGCUGCCCAGCAAAGCCUCCCUGUUCGUCCGGCCCGACAUCCUGAGGGGCGCCUUCAAGGGCCUCCCCGGCGUGGACUUCCGGGGGGCGCCGGCCGCACAGCCCUGGGUGGCGGGCGUGCUCUCGCCGGGGGACCCGCAGGCCGCCGGCACGUCUUUGGAGGCCCCCCCAGACCCGCUGAAGGGCGCCGACCUCCCUCCCAAAGGCGGCCACUUCUCCGAGGUCGGAAGAGCCUACCCCAGCGUCGUGAGCAACGGCGUGAGCUUCCAGGGGUCCCUGCAGGCCUUCAUGGACAGCUUCGUCCUCAGCUCCCUGAAGAGGGACAAGGACGCGAAGGACAAAGGCCCCUCCGACCCGCCCUCCUCUGCAAAAGCCCACGGGGCGGACGGCGGCGAGGACCACGGCGGCAGGAGGCCGGCCGCGCGGAAGUCGGAGAAGUCCCAGUACGAGCCCCUGGACCUGUCGGUGCGGCCCGAGGCUGCCGCGCUCCCCGGCUCCCAGCUGACGGUGCGGGACAGCGUCGCGUGGCACGGCUGCCUGUUCUGCGCCUUCACCACGUCCUCCACGGAGCUCAUGGCCCUGCACCUGCAGGCCAACCACCUGGGCAGGGCGAAGCGCAAGGACCCCGCGGCGGGGGCGGCCGCGCCCUGCUCGGAGCACCUGCGGGAGCCCUGCAGGGCGGCCCUGCUGCCCUCGGUGCAGGCCGGCAAGGAGACGGCGCUGGCCGGCGUGAUGGGGCCCCUGGACGCCGCGCCGGAGAAGGCGGUGCAGGGACCGGCCCGCGAGGCUCCGGGGGAGCAGAAGCCCGGAGCGUGGCCCGGCCCCGUGGACCCCGCCUUCUGCAGCUUCCCGUCUGACUUCUACAAGCAGUUCGGCGUGUACCCGGGCGCGGCGGGCCUGGGGGCCCCCGGCGCCUGCCCCAGCAAGGGGCCCGAGGGCAAGGCCCACGCGGAAGACGACGCCCCGAUCCUGAUCCCCGACACCACGGACAAGGCCGAGGGGGAUGACCUCUCUGACGACGAGGCCUCUUCCAGGGAUGCGGACUCCCCCGAGGGGGCGAUGGACGACGGCGAGGAGACCGAGACGGAGCCGGAAACGGGGAGGAAGCCACCCUCCGCCCUCGGCAAGGACGGUGGCGACGGUGACGGUGACGGCGACGGAGUGGACGGCCUGCUGCCCUCGGGUGCCCCGCAGCCGGUGCAGGGACCGGCGCCCGCCCUGCCCCCGGCGUCGGAGAAGCCGUGGCACAGCCCGGGCCUCCUGCCAGCCCAGGACGCCGUGGCGGGCCUGCCCAGGCCGGAGCGGGGGCCGCCGGGCCUGGAGAAGCCGGCGAGCGUGCUGUCGGUGCUGCGGGCCUACAGCGCCGACGGCCUGGCCGCCUUCAACGGACUCGCCGGCAGCUCGGCCAGCCCCGGGGGCGUCAAGAGGCCCGACCUGUGCGGUCCCCGGCCGUUCCAGUGCCGCUACUGCCCCUACAGUGCCUCCCAGAAGGGGAACCUGAAGACCCACGUGCUCUGCGUGCAUCGCAUGCCUUUCGACAACAGCCAGUACCCCGACCGCCGCUUCAAGCGCUCCAGGGUCGACGCGGAGGCGGCCGGGAGCUUCGAGGAGCUGUCGGCGGUCAAGGCGGCGGGCUCCGAGCUCCCGGAGGAGGGCGGCCAGGCCCAGGAGGAGCGCAACUGAGCCCCCCUCCCCCGCCCCCGCCUGGACGGGGCCGUCACCUUGCACAGGUCUAGGGUCACGUCUGGUAAAAGAGUGUGCUAACCGCAUUGGGGGGGGGAAUCACGUGCACCCUCCCCCCGCUAGUAUAUAGGACAUUUAAGAAAUUUAAAGAGAUAUCUAUAUAUAUAUUAAAAAAAAAAAAAGGUCCCCAGCCCUUGAAAAUGGCUGCUAAACUGUUACCCGGCAACAAGAACUUCCAAACAAGGCAGGUGGCGGAGGGUGGGGGGUGGCUGCCGAGGAGCCCCCGCGCCCCCGCCACGUCGUCUUUGUCCGAAACCGCGCUCGUAGCUGGAAACGGUGCCACCCGGACGCUCAGUGUUGCCUUGAGGACGGCGGUGCUGCGUGUCCCCGUCCAAACACCUGCAAUCCGACGCCCGCCGCGGUCACCCCCCCC